UCAAACGUGAUGCUGAUGCUACAGUUACAGACACAGCCCCCGCUGGCGCAGCCUCUCUGAUUCUCUCUCCCUCUCCGCGUCCAGCGCUGGGCUUUUUCAGACAAGUGCAUCUGCUAACCAGGUCACAUUUCAGCCACGACCCACCCUCCGUCAGUCACUGAAGUCAGACCGCAGGAGGAGGGCUGAAGAGGACCGCAGCGCCUCGCCAGCGGCGCGUUGGAGGAAAGGACAUCAAAUCCUGCAGAAGUCGAGACCCCCCCCCCCACACACACUCCUAGGUCCAAGCCCAGACCACGAUGAGCGCUCCGGGCUACGGGUGGCUGGCGUUGCCGCUGCUGCUCCUCGCAGUGGUCGCCUUGGCUGAAGGCGACGCCAAGGGGCUCAAGGAGGGCGAGACCCCCGGCAAUUUCAUGGAGGACGAGCAAUGGCUGUCGUCCAUCUCGCAGUACAGCGGCAAGAUUAAGCACUGGAACCGCUUCCGAGACGAAGUAGAAGAUGACUACAUCAAGAGCUGGGAGGACAAUCAGCAAGGAGAUGAAGCCCUGGACACCACCAAGGACCCCUGCCAGAAGGUCAAGUGCAGUCGGCACAAGGUGUGCGUCGCCCAAGGCUACCAGCGGGCCAUGUGCAUCAGCCGCAAGAAACUGGAGCACAGGAUCAAACAGCCGGCUCUGAAACUCCAUGGAAACAAAGACUCCACCUGCAAGCCCUGUCACAUGGCCCAGCUCGCGUCAGUCUGUGGCUCUGAUGGCCAUACCUACAGUUCGGUGUGUAAACUGGAGCAGCAGGCAUGCCUGAGCAGCAAGCAGCUGGCAGUGAAAUGUGAGGGGCCCUGUCCCUGCCCCACGGAGCAGGCUACUACGUCUACCACUGACGGCAAGUCAGAGACCUGCACAGGGCAGGACCUGGCCGACCUCGGGGAUCGACUCCGUGACUGGUUCCAGCUCCUUCGUGAGAACUCCAAGCAGAAUGGCUCAGCCAACAGUGCAGCCAGCCCCGCAGGGCUGGACAAGAACCUGGGGGCCAGCUGCAAGGACUCCAUCGGUUGGAUGUUCUCCAAGCUGGACACCAGUGGAGACCUCUUCUUGGACCAGACAGAACUGGCUGCCAUCAACCUGGACAAAUACGAGGUCUGCAUCCGCCCCUUCUUCAACUCCUGUGAUACCUACAAAGAUGGCCGUGUCUCAACCGCCGAGUGGUGCUUCUGCUUCUGGAGGGAGAAGCCCCCCUGCCUGGCAGAACUGGAGCGCAUACAGAUCCAGGAGGCAGCCAAGAAGAAGCCAGGUGUCUUCAUCCCGAGCUGUGAUGAGGACGGCUAUUACCGGAAGAUGCAGUGCGACCAGAGCAGUGGUGACUGUUGGUGCGUGGACCAGCUGGGCCUGGAGCUGACGGGCACACGCAUGCAUGGGAACCCUGACUGUGAUGACAUUGUGGGUUUCUCAGGGGACUUUGGAAGCGGCGUCGGCUGGGAGGAUGAGGAGGAAAAGGAGACAGAAGAGGCAGGAGAGGAGGCUGAGGAGGAGGAGGGUGAGGCCGGCGAGGCAGACGAUGGAGGCUACAUCUGGUAGAUGGCCCUCAAGGGCCUCGGCAGGCCAGGGUGCCGACGGCCGGAGAGACGGGCCAGAAGAAACCUGGACGACAGCAGGCAACUUAGCAAAUGGAUCCGGAAGUCAGUGUGAAGGACCCUGGCUCCAGCGGGGAGGACUGGAGUGAAGAGUGAGGCAUGUGUGACAGGUGUGUGUGUGUGUGCGUGUGUGCACAAGUGUGCAUGUAUGUCAUGUGUGUGUGUCAUGUGCUGACGUGUGUCCUUGAUCCAUGCUGCUCCUGGCAGUGAGUCACCCAAAGGCCCCUUCCUUCCUGUAGUUUUUUUCUUUUCUUUUCUUUUCAAUAGAUUUUUAAACGCACAGGUCCACACACAUGUACACAGUAAUGGGCCAAAAGCAAUGAAAUGAGACACCCCUGAUUCUGUCCCUCAGCCCAGCACCCGGUAUUCCUCCCUGCUCAGUCAAGUGUUACCUCCCCCUACCCCUUUCUGCCUUUAUUACCCCAUCUUCUAGAGUCAAAGAGAGGAAGGGAGGGAAGCUGUAAGCUGGGCACCCUCCCCAAAUCAGGCUGAUUUGGUGCGAAAGCCCAGCCAUCUUCUGGUGACAAUAGGCAGGACGCCACACACAGCAAGGCGGACCUGUCUGAUAUCUUGAAGGUCUAGCUGCAGGUGUGUCCAGCCAUUGUCCUUAGGCUGCAUAUGGUUAAAGAUAGUUAUCAGUGUGGUCCAACACAAAACUGUAAACCUACCUAAGACAUAAUUUCUUUGUUGUUUUUGUUGGUUUGGUUUGGUUCGGUUUUUUUGGUAACUCAACUGAGGAGUAUCUUGAGUGUCAACUUUGUAGAUGACAAUGGUCAGUGUCCAAAGGCUAGAUACACCUAGUAGAUCAUCUUUUAACCUAUUCCCGAGAAACCACAGGUAGCCCAGGAGAACAGGCAGAGACAGUGAGGAAGGGAGGGGAGGACCCUCUAUGCCUGACUUCAGAUUAACCCACUCAGCACCUGUUGCCCUGUGGGGAUCUAGGAUGCUUUCUUGACAAACGGGGGCUGUCAUCAUGCAGCCGAGCUUUGACGCGGCCUGCUCUGAGGUCUUUCUGCUGCUCUCUCUGUCCCCCGGGUAGGGUUCCCCUUGUCUAAGGAGCAGAGGACCAGAAAGCAGUAUAUGUAUGCCCACCUCCUCCUCCACCCUCGAAGGAAAUGGUCCCUUCUUGCCCAGACCAAUAGAAAGACUUGUCCCUGAGACCCUAUGUGAGGAAGUAGUGGGAAGCCGCCACUUCCUGUACCCUGAGAUAGUCCUGGAGGAGAGGCAUCAAAGCCCCUGUCCUCUCAACCACGGGGUCUCCUCUGCCUCAAGUGUCCCCAAGACAGCCAAGACACCCUAGCAGAACUACACUCCCCGUUCUAUUUAAAGCCUUUCAGCAUAUAUGCAUAGAGGGGACAACAUUGGGCAGCUAGGCUCUGAGGCCAUAUCUCACCAUGUCCCCAAACCUCUAGGCCCAGUGGGAGGUCCUCUUACCCACAUGCCCUACGGGGUUCUGCAUGUUUAUUGUUUCCCAUUUCUCCCUUUUCAAUGGAAAUUUCUUAAUAUAUAUUGAUGAAGAAUUUCUUA